AUGGAAGAAGUAGGCCCAGAACCCGACAUCACCAGCAUUCUUGCCCUCCUCGAGCGGUACCAAGCUCCCAGGCACGGUCCGGGCCUCCCAGGAGGGCACAUGACCUUCGAAGAAGUAGCGCAUGCUGCUAGACACUUCCCGCCAGGCAGCUGGGAACUGCUAGGUCCGAGUCCGUUUCCUCCUAGCCCUCGCGAUCCUCCCGUGGCCAUUACGGCCCCUCCACCCUCUCCCACUGCGGACGCUGCCAAAGCGGCCGUGGCAGUGUCUCCCAAGUCCCCUCCAGCGUCUGUCUCCUCCGUCGCAAACGGCGCCGAAACAGCCAAGGUAGAUCUCGAGGCCAUCGACUCCUCCCACUCGGCACCUCGCGAACGUCGCCUCUAUCGCCUAGUCCGCAGCUUAGCUCGCGGCUUCCGUGGGCUUUUCUCUCGCAACCGAAAGUCGACUGCGUCGUCCUAG